AUGUCACUCGACGGUCUGUCCUGCGCUGCAGAUAAGACGAAGCUUACUGUUUCCUGUCCAGAAUAUCAGAAGGCCCUUGGAGACUCCUGCUAUGAGUUUGUGGGUCUCCAGCAUACUUUUUUCAGUGCUCAGGCUUGGUGUGAGAAGCGUGGGGCACACCUUGCAUUUGUCCCAGAUGAAGAAACUCAACAUUUCCUUCAAAGACACUUGGACAGCAAGAAGGACGUGUGGCUUGGACUAGCACCUUCUGCCGUUACAAGCCUGCAAUAUUCUCCAACUGUUGAAGGUCCUCUCUCUUGGCUGGAUGGUUCACAAAUCACAUAUUCAAACUGGGUGAGCAGCCCACAGCCAGGAGCAGCAUGUGGACUCAUACUGGGAAACUCUAGCUUCCAAUGGAAAGCCACAAGAGACUGCAACAAAGAACUGCAUUUUAUCUGCCAGUUUCAGUCUGGGAGAUCCACUGUGUGUGCAGGCCAUAACACCACUCUGCAGUGUGGUUCUGGUCAAGUCUUAAUGAUAGAUGACAGCUUCUACGGUCGUAAGAACAUUUAUUACUGUCGAUCCACGCACUCCCAGUCCACAUCAGCAACACCCACACAACAUCAGUGCGGCUGGGUGGAUGUUGCAGAAUCAUUAACAGCCCACUGUCAUGGCCGUCAGGUCUGCCAGAUUUCUGAAGUUAUGGACUCUUUUGGUGAACCCUGUCCCCAGCUGGGGAGCUACCUGUCUUUGGACUACCACUGCAAAGAUGGGCUCACAUUGUCAGCGAUUGCUGUGGCUGCUGUUUUUGAUGACAUCACCAUCACUGUAAAGUGGCUCUUAGAUUUGCCCCGGGGAAAUCUUAGCUGCAAGCUGAGUACAGGAGAUGGCCAUGUUAUUUAUCUGCACAGUCCAGAGGGGUUGGAGAGCAUUGUGGUGUACAAAUAUAUAUAUCCAAGUACAUUUGUUGUGGCAGUUGAAUGCACCAGCAGUGAGAUGCACAUUGUCGCUCAGAAAAUAAUUACCAUUCAGGAGCCCAUCACACAGUUUGGCAUCAUCAGAUGCUGUGCUGGGAAACUGUGUUUUCAUGCAACCAACUGCAAAGCCCUUUACGGAGAGCCAUUUCAAACUCAAAUGGAAGUAAAAGCAGGUACAAAUGUGACCUACAGAAUCCAGAGUGCUGAAAUAUUGUUGUCCGGUUUAUCUGUUGUGAGGGGAAAUGUUCCCCAGAACAUCACAGUGACUCCAGAAAUGGUGAAACAGCUUGGGCCCGGCUGCCACAAGCUGACCCUUUAUGCAUCUAACAUGGUCACAUUCCCUGAUGUGUCUGCAGACCUGCAGAUGUGUGUGUUGGAGAAAGUAGCCGGGCUUCAGGCCUCUGUGUUGACAGAGAGGGAUGAUUGUCUAGACUCUGCAGAUAUUACAGUUGGUGUUUCCCUUGAACGGGGAGCGCCUGUGCUACUCCUCUUUUCUCUGGCUGGAGACAACAGCUCAUUCUCUGAGACCAGAGAAAUGAAUUCAAAGAAGGAAAUUUUUCAUAUUGGCCACCCGAUUCAAGAUGUCGUAGCUCUUUGCAAUAAAUUCACCAUAGAGACAUCAUCAUCAUCAUCAUCAUCACCUACAACGAAACCAGCUUCUACCACGACAUUGCAUGGCACUAUUAGUGCCACCACUAUCUCCUCUACCACUGCUGGUUCUGCCACGACAUCGCAUGGCACUAUUAGUGCCACCACUAUCUCCUCUACCGCUGCUGGUUCUGCCACGACAUCGCAUGGCACUAUUAGUGCCACCACUACCGCUGCUGGUUCUGCCACGACAUCGCAUGGCACUAUUAGUGCCACCACUAUCUCCUCUACCGCUGCUGGUUCUGCCACGACAUUGCAUAGCACUAUUAGUGCCACCACUACCGCUGCUGGUUCUGCCACGACAUUGCAUGGCACUAUUAGUGCCACCACUACCGCUGCUGGUUCUGCCACGACAUUGCAUGGCACUAUUAGUGCCACCACUACCGCUGCUGGUUCUGCCACGACAUCGCAUGGCACUAUUAGUGCCACCACUAUUGCUACUGUUACUACCUCCCCUGCUCUCAGUGCUAGCACUGGUGUUACAUCAUCAGCAACCACCACCAAGAAUGGUGCUUUUUCCACAAUGGCCUCCAGCUCUUCAGUAGAUGAUCUUACGGCUUCAGUGGAGAAUGCUGUGGCUCAGCUAAAGAAACAAGGUCUACUGUCAGGAGCAAAUCUGGGACAAAUCAUCUAUUCUGUGUCCACUACACUAAACGGUCAAUCUGAUAAGUCAACAAAAGCAGAUAGGCAAAAGCUUCGUGAGCAGAUGCUGGGGAUUAUGACUGACACAAUUAGCAAAAUCCCCCCAAACACUCCAGCGGAUGUUCAGGCGAUUACCAAAGGAGUUUCUGCUCUCGUCCAGAAAGGCACUGAACUCAGCUCCUCUGCUCAGGUAGAGGCUUCAUUAUUGUUUGCAAACCUCAGCUCAUCUCUCCUCCACAUGAAUUUGAACAAAAGUGAAGAAAGCAAGAAUGAAAUAUUCUCUGCAACCAGCACCAUUGUGGAAGGAGCAAGCAAUAUCCUGGACUAUUCUUCCAAUAUGCUGAGUUUAGGUAAAAACCCAUUUUCCUGGAAAGAGAGAGGGAACAUCAGUGGCCUAAUAGGUGCUCUAUCCCUCACAACAAAAGAUGGCUCCGCUAUCCCUGUGGCAAACUUAAGUCAGGAUAUUGAGAUUUUGUUGCCAAGGCCUGUUGAAGAGCAGGUGAACACCUCUGUUUUGGACCUGGGGAACUACAGCACAACGAGCAUAAACAUUCUUUCAGCUAACACUACGCUGGUGUUAAAGAUGGUGCCUUCAGUGGAUCCUUUACCCUUCAAACUGUUCCUCGGUUAUAUGAACUACCCCACUGAAACAAAUUAUGCAGCGAUGACAGACAUGCCUCAACAAGGAACAACACAAGAGGAGCGAUACACUUGGCUGCUAGACCCUGCAGCUUUAAAGGGAAACACUGGAAAGUACUAUCUUGUAGUAAGGCCCAUUGUAGGUCCAGGUAUAAAAUCCAUCAAUGCCACUUUAUCAAUUACCUCCAUUGCUACAUCAUGUACAUUUUGGAAUAAAUCAGCAUUGGAUUGGAGCAAUUUUGGAUGCAGGGUUGGUGUUCAGACCACACCAUUAGUCACCCAGUGCCUCUGCAACCACCUCACCUUCUUCGGGAGCUCUUUCUUUGUCACUCCCAACACUGUCGACCCAUCACGCACUGCUGAGCUGUUUGGCACUUUUGCUCAGAAUCCUGUGGUUGUCUGCUUCGUGGGGGCUCUCUUUGUGGUCUAUCUCUUGGUGGUUGUGUGGGCACGGAGAAAAGACAUUCAAGACAUGGCCAAGGUGAAGGUGACUGUGCUGGCGGACAACAAUCCAAUGGACGAGUAUUGCUACCUGUUGAGUGUCAGCACUGGGCAUCGGAGAGGAGCCUGCACUUCCUCUCAGGUGAUAAUAACUCUGCUGGGUGCAGAGGGAAAUGGGGAACCACAUCACCUGACAGAUCCAAAGAAAUGUUUGUUUGAGAGAGCUGCAGUGGAUAUGUUCUUGAUAACUGCACCCUUCUCUCUGGGAGACCUGCAGGCCAUCAGACUGUGGCACAACAACUCGGGGAGCCAUCCUGCUUGGUACAUUGGGAGUUGCAUGGUGCAGGAUUUACAGACGGAGCAGAAAUGGCAUUUUCUAUGCAACUCCUGGCUGGCCAUAGACAUGGGUGAUUGUUCCCUCGAUAAAGUUUUUCCUGUUUCGACUGACGUUGAUUUGAAGAGGUUCAGCAAUUUGUUCUUCAUGAAGACAACAAAGGCUUUCACUGACGGACACCUCUGGUACUCUGUGGUCAAUCGACCACCGAGCAGCACCUUCACUUGUGUUCAGAGAGUUUCCUGCUGUUUUUCCCUGCUUCUCUGUACCAUGUUGACCAGCAUAAUGUUUUAUGGCAUCCCGAAAGAUCCCUCUGAGCAGACCAUGGAGCUGGGUCACUUUAAGUUUACCUGGCAACACUUCAGGAUUGGAAUUCAAAGUUCCCUCAUCAUGUUUCCUCUGAAUAUCCUAAUUGUUAGUAUUUUCAGAAAAACUCCCAGGAAGGUGUCUAUUAACAAGCACAAAACAAAAAAAACAGACACCCUUCAACACAAUGUCAAUAUCACUUUAGACGUUGUCAUCGAGGAUAUCACAAGAAUUGCUCGUUUACUGUCUAAGACUGUGAAAAGCAAUAAACAAUGCUUAGAAUCCGAGUUAAGGCCUGGACAACAAGUUGAUAUCCACGCUGUCCUUUCUGUGGUGGAGGACUUCAUCAAACAGAAUAACAAAACCUGUGACACUGUCCAGUCCAAAUCUUCGAGCUUUCAAAUCCUCGCUCAGCCUCAGCUACCAGAAGGCAGCGCUCAUGGGCAUCCAGGGGCAACACUGGAGGGGAUUCAAAAGAAGAGCUACUAUCUAUACCGGCAGCUGUGUCACAUUGAAAAAAAGCUGAGUCAACUGGGACCCUCUGGCUUCCCCAACCCACACAGCUACAGCCAGGCUCUGCAGCAAGUCCGGGGCAUGAAGGGCCUUCUUGAAGAUCAGCUCAACCUAGACGACCUCACUCAGAAGAGGUUGAUCCCUGCUGACAGCGCUGGAGAUAAUGGUGUGAUGAAAAGGUUGUGCUGUCAUGGAGAGCUACCCUGGUGGUUUAUUUUUGUCGGCUGGCUGCUAGUGAUUGGAACCAGUGUUGUAGCGGGAUAUUUCACAAUGCUUUAUGGGUUGAAAUAUGGGAAGGAACGCUCUGUAAGCUGGUUGGUAUCCAUGGUAGUCUCCUUUUUCCACAGUCUCCUUGUCAUUCAGCCAUUGAAGGUAAUAGGUCUCGCAAUCUUCUUUUCACUUAUAAUAAAGGAAGUUGAGGUGGAAGAUUUUCGAAAUGUGCCAUUUGUAGAAAAUGACGGAAAUAAAGGUGAUACGGACCAACAAAAAAUCAGACGGGACAGCAGUCUUUAUGAACCUCCUUCUCCUGCAGACGUUGAGAAAAUGAAAAGGAACAAGAUUAUGAAUCAGAAAGCCAUUGCCCUCCUCAGGGAGAUUUUGACCUACAUUGGGUUUCUGUGGAUGUUGUUGCUGGUGGCGUACGGCCGGAGAGAUCCCAAUGCUUUUUUCCUGAACCAACACAUCCAGGAUAGCUUCAGCAGAGAGAUCUCAGACAGCAUGAAUCUCGGAGAUGUGUUCACUUGGGCCAACACAUCUCUAUUAAAUAACCUUUUUGGAGUUUAUCCAGGAUUUAUCACAGAUGGAAACUCCAAGCUGGUGGGUGAUGCCCGCCUCCGUCAAUUGAGAGUGCAGAAAAACUCCUGUCAGAUUGCAGGCUCCAUGCUCCAGUUUGUACCAGACUGUCAUGCUCCAUAUUCAUGGGAGGUGGAGGACAUGGGCUCCUAUGAGCCUGGCUGGAACCACUCCGUGAGGGAUAAUAUCUCUACGAGCACCUCCAGCCCAUGGAAGUACCAGACACAGGCUCAGCUCAGGGCCUACCCUGUCUGGGGUGAAAUGGUGCUCUACAGGGGGGGAGGCUUUGUAUCGGAGCUCGGCCCGGAUUUACAAAAUGCCAGCAACACCCUUGAGUAUCUGUUCAGGAACAAAUGGCUGGAUACGUACACAAGGGCGAUCUUUAUAGAGUUCACCGUUUACAAUGCUAAUGUGAACCUCUUCUGCAUCGUCACACUCUUGUUGGAGACCACAGCUGUAGGAGCAUUUCAGUUCCACAGUGAGCUGCACAGUGUUCGUCUUUACACAUCAACUGGCGAUCUUUACUCCUUUGUCGUGGCUGCUGAGGUCAUAUACUUGCUUUUCAUCCUGUAUUACAUGUUCUUGCAGGGCAAAUUAAUGAAGCAGCAGCGGUGGGCUUACUUUAGGAGCAAGUGGAACCUUCUCGAGCUGACUGUCAUCUUACUGAGCUGGAGCGCCGUGGCUGUCUUCAUCAAGAGGACCUUGCUUGGGAACCGCGAUAUCACCUACUACCAAAACCACAAAGACAAAUUUGCCAGUUUUUAUGAGACAGCCACAGCAGACUCAACACUCGAGUAUCUGAUCGCCUUCCUGGUCCUGCUCGCGACCAUCAAACUGUGGCAUCUGCUCAGACUGAACCCCAAGAUGAACUUGGUUUCCGCUGCACUGCAACGGGCCUGGAAUGAAACUUCCAGUAUUAUUGUUGUCAUUGCGAUCAUGCUUGUGGCGUAUUCCAUUGCUUGCAACUUGAUUUAUGGCUGGAGGAUGUCAUCUUAUAGAACCGUAGCGGACGCUCUCAUGACCAUCAUCCUUUUGCAGAUAGGCAUCUUUAACUAUGACGAGGUCUUGGAUAGCACUCCCUUGCUUGGUGGAUUACUUUUUGGUUCCUGUAUUGUGUUCAUGACAUUUGUGGUGCUUAAUCUCCUCAUCUCAAUGGUCCUCAUGGCAUUCACCCAGGAGCAAAUAUAUCACAAGGCCUCAGACGAGGAGGAGAUUGUUGACCUGAUGCUGAAGAAAAUCUGCGGUCUUUUUGGGAUCAGAUAUAACAAUACAAAUGACACCCGGGGGUCUGAUGUGAAUGAGGGCAGUGGCUUGACCCUUAAUAACAGCAGAAAUAUCAUUAAUUCCUCCGCUGAUGUAAAACAACAUCUGACAACUCACAGAAACCCAUAGGAACAUAGCUUUAUAUUUGUUGCGUUUCACAUUUGAGAGUUUUGAAUAUUUUGUUUGCACACGCUCAUUUAUAAAUGUUCAUUAUUCUUUGCUUGUUUCCCACUGGGAGUUCAGAGCAUGCUGUGCUGAUUUGAGAAUAUGGUGUGAUAGAUAUCCCAUCAAUAAUUAUAGUGCACAUUGUUGGUGUGAAUGAGAUGUUUACUUAAGAGAACAUUUUAUUCACAGCAAUGUCUUGCUCAUACCUACAGUGUAUAUGUGGCAGUUGGUUAGAUGUAACAUACUUAUUUCAUAAACUCCAUUAUAAAAACUUACAAAUCAAUAUAAAUAUAAAGCAUGCUUCACCUUGUCUAAUAAAAUAAUACUGUAUCACAUUAUCCUGAUUUACACCACUAAAAUAUUUAAUAACAUAAAAGGAAAUAAACCUCUAGGUUUGUUUUAAUGCAUGAUGUAAUAUAUAAUUAUUAUUUGUUUUGUUGUGUAUUUGAUUAUUUUGUAUUAUAUAUCAAAUGUACGUGAGCACUGCAUAAUUGUGUUUUGUCAAUUAAAGAGUGGUGUGGCAAUAUG